GGCGGGCGUUUACUGACUUUGAAUUUCGCAUGUUUAUUUGAAAGAUCAGAAACUGGUGAUGUGCAUGUAGACAUGAUGCAUUCGACUUCCAGCCAAUGGCUUCAACCAUUAUCACACAGCCCUACCAAUCGUUUCCCGGCAUCUGGUCUGCCGUUCAAUCAUUUACACCAAAAUUUACCCACCCAAUCUAGUUCAAGCGUGAUGUUAACAUCUCAGCUCACCUCAUCUGAACCACUAUUUCCUUUGUCAAAUACUUUCAUUGUUGAUACUCAACCUGGAACUUUUUUAGCAGAUAUAAAUUCAGAAACUCAACCUCUUGGUUCAUUGAGUGCUAACUAUUAUGGUUUUAGUCAUGAUCUAGCAAGUGGUAUUGAUUCAUCUCCAGCUAAUCUAUGGUACAAUCCUUCUACUCCAACUGGUCCAAUGACUGGGUCAUUACAACAAAGGGAAUGUAAUCUCAAUGUUGACUGUUCAAGUGGUUUAGGACGUAAUGAUGACCCAGUGCAAUUGAUUCCUGUGUGCACCUCAGCCACAUCAAAACUACUCACUUCACAGCUGUAUGAUUCUAUGCUUGGUGGUGGUAUCAAAGAUUUGAACAAUUCUUCUAUCAAUGAUAAUGAUAUUUGUUCUCGAUUAACAUCAACUCAUACAACUUUAACAUCAUCAAAUUUAUUAACUGGUGGAAAUUUCAAUUGUCCACCGAUAAGCACACCUUUAUCAUCAAUAUCAACAUCGUCAUCAUCAUCAUUAUUGUCAUCGUCAAGAAAUCGAUCAAACAUGGAAUCAAUCAUUCGAACGGAUCAUCCGCAUCAACAUCCUCUACACGACAAUCAUGAUCCAUGCGUUUACACUAAUUUAAAUGUUGUACCAGUCGGUGGAAGCAACACCACAGCAUCAUCAUCAUCAUCAUGUAUGUCAGCAGCUUUAUGCAGUGGUGGUGGUGCAGGUGUUGGAGCUGGGAAUGAUGAUGAUAUUAUUAUUGAUUCACAUUGUAUAAUUGGCAAACCAGGUCUUAUGGAUGAGACCAACAGUAAACGUGAAUUAAAAUCAAUGCAUUUUCAUCAAUCAACUAAUAAUAAUAAUAAUAAUAACAAUAAUUCAUUGAUUGUUUCUUCGGGAAUGUUUGAUUCUUAUUAUGGAAUUGAUUCCGUAUGUGAUGGAAACACAAUGCCAACUGGUUGGUCAACUCCGACUAAUGUCAUUAAUCCAGGUUGUGUAAUGAUGGCGACAGGUUCUGUGCAUACAUCGAAUUUCGCUUCACAUAUUUCCAAUGAUAAUAAUAACAAUACUACUACUACUAAUAAUAAUAGUAGUGCUUGUCAAUUGACAUCCGAAUUAACUUCUCUUCCUGCCUAUCCAAAUUCUAAUCCUUCCCUUCAUUCAGAAUCUACUCAUCCGACGCAUGUAAAUAUGGGAAUGAAUUAUUCUGGGGCCGGUGUUAGUGGUAAUCUCUAUGCACCGCCGACAUUACAACCGUGUUCAUUGGUUGGAUUAUCUGAUUCUUCUCUUCAACACCCAUGCAAUAUACCUCCACCUAAUCAUCCUUUAGAGCCGCCUAAUCCAUCAUAUUCAUCUAUGGGAGAAUUUACACUGCAUCAUCCAUCAUCAUCUGAUCUAACCCCACCAUCUGGUCUAUUAUCUUCAGCUGUCUAUGAACAACAUUCACUGGCAAAUUUGAAUACUACACAUACUGCAUCUUCAAAUAACAAUAAUAAUAAUAGUAAUAAUAAAACUAAUAAUUAUCAAAGUGAUAUGAUGAGUUGUAGUCGUGAAGCAUUGAUUUCAUUAACUGGAUCUGGAGCAGAUGAAAUGAACUUCACAACUCGUUCAUCUAAUAUCAGCUUAACACAUUCCUCUACACCUGCAUUAUCUGUUAACACGUCUACACCUCAUGGUGGUGGUCGUGGAACAAGAGGUGGUCGUGUUGCUGGACAUAAACGUCGAUCAUCAUCUGUUAAUCCUUCUAAUUCUCUUAAUUUAGAAUCAAAUGUAAAUUCAAUCGAUGCACAGAAUAGUGGUGAUAUGACUUUGGGCUUAUCGAAUGCUUGUCCAUUAUCUUCUAACACUGGUAUGAGCUCAGAAUGUUCAUCUCUUUUUGGUGAUUUUGAUAGUAGUAGUAGAAAUUAUGGACAUGGUCGUACACCAAGUGUUUGUGGUACGGACUCUGAAGAAACUAUCGAUCCAGAUGAAACACCUGAGCAAAGAGCUGAAAGAGAACGUAGUCGUAGACAGGCUAAUAAUGCACGAGAGCGUAUUCGAGUUCGUGAUAUCAAUGAUGCAUUCAAAGAGCUUGGACGCAUGUGCAUGAUGCAUUUGCAUAAUGAACGACCUCAAACCAAACUUACCAUAUUACAACAAGCUGUUUCAUUGAUUACCAGUUUGGAACAACAAGUUCGUGAACGUAAUUUAAAUCCUAAACAAGCUUGUUUGAAACGUCGUGAAGAGGAGAAAAGUGGUGAAGCAUCACAUUUCAGUAGUGGUAGUACUGGAGGUGGCGCUGGUAGUAGUAGCACUAGUGGUGGUGGUGGUGGUAGUACUAGUGGCAAUAGUAACAAUAAUAAUAAUAAUACACAUAUCAAUUCAAUUGGAAGCGCCAUAAAUCGUUUGUGUAGCACUAAUCCAGUGAAUUAUUCUACUCCUGGUGUUACAUCAUCGUCAUCAGCAUCAUCACAAAAUGUAUCAAGUCAUUUGUUGGAUUAUGAUCCACGUCUAUCUCAUAUUACACAUGGACCUGCUGUUUAUAGUGAUAAUUUGUCAAUAGUGAAUAGUCGAAAUGAUUAUACAUCAUCAACUACUGGAUCUGUUACUACUGGUGGAGGAGGGGAUGUGCGUACUUCUGGUUAUCUACAUCCGGAAGUUCAACAAUGUCCAUCCGAUGCAUAUACGCAUAUGACAUCACAACAACAACAACAACAACCACCUGCACCACCACCACCGCAUCAUUUGUCAAUAGUUAAUAAUCCUAAUAAUCAUAGUUUUUCAAAAACUAAUACAACUAAUAAAUCAUCAGAUAAUUGGCAUUCUAAUUCUUCUUUGUUGCAAUCAAUUCAAUCUACACAUUCACAAAGAUUUGGAACUAUCAGUGGUGCCGAACAAUAUGACGGCGACGGUGACGAUGAUGAUGAAGGUGAUGACGAUGACGACGACGGUGAUGAUGAUGAUGAUGAAGAUGAUGUUGAAAGCAGUGAAGAAGAAACGAAACCUUCGUCAUCGGUAGUACGUUCUAUGUUGAAAUCGGAUGUGAACAAUCGUUCGUCCACAUCUAUUCGCUCUGAUAAUAAUAAUAAUAAUAACAGUAAUAACAAAAGCAGCAGCAGCAGCAGAAGAUGA